AUGGCAAGUGAAGUGUGCGAACUGUUUGUAAUCGUGACAUUUACAGUACUGCUGAUUUCGUUCUUCGAAUCGACGUCUGCUUACAAGAUCUCAACGGCCGAUCCUGAAGUAAUCCGGAUAAAUUUGGGCAACAAGAGGCUUGUGAAGGAAACGGUUCCACUCAACUCUAAGCUGCUGAUUAGGUGCAACUUCGAUACACCUUCAUGGUAUAAGAAUGGCAAACCCAUCACAUCGGAUACCAGGAGAGCAAAGUCAUUGAAAUUCAACGCUAUCAAAAAGACCGACGCCGGUUACUACUCCUGCGGUUCCGAGUUUAGCGAAUGGUCCAACCUGACUCUGUCAGUGUUCAGCCAGCAUGAAACGGUCGAUCACUAUCAGAGCGACUCGCCGGGAAGCGGAGCUGGACAGACAGGUACAAUUCCUGCCCGUAUGGCUAAUCUGGAGAAGAAGAGUCUGCACCUGCCGGGAGCGGUCGCUCCAACGCCGCAAACCGUCACGGCUCGCAGCACAUCACUAGAUAUCGUUGUGAACAACGAUUUGCUCGAAGGACCUCCGGAGUUUACCGUUGGUAGCAAAGAUCAUGUGAUGAGUGUCUCGCGGAGGGCUGGUGAAAACUACAAACUCAAGUGUGAAGUGGCCGGCGAGCCAAAGUUUCGAAUCAGCUGGUUCAAAGACGAAAGAAUGGUAAAUACCAAAAUCGGAAACAAAUCUAGUGUACUUUUGCAAUCGUUAGAUCCGGAGGAUAGUGGUAUUUACGUGUGUAAAGCGUGCAAUGUCAACGGAAUGCAGUGUGUCAAUUCGACGACGAAGCUAGAAGUGAUUGACAACCAAGAAGAGCCUUACGAUCAGUAUAAUAAAAUGGAAAGCCAUUCUCAGCUUUCCGACAGUGAAGAACCGGAUAGUCCAGACUACGUGGAAGAUGAUCGCCACUACCAGGAUUACGACGAAACGGAUGACGAGGAAGAAAACGAAGAAGAUACCGCUGCAAGUGACGGUGCAGACCAGCAAGUCAAUCCAGCGGGGGAAACAACGGAGAACUUGCCUGCUGCAGCAGGACCGGAAGGUGAAAUGAGACCUGGACCACCAUUUUUCACCAAACGAGAACACAUGGUCGGUCUGAUGCCGAAACCUUCCGGCAAUAUGGUGCGUCUACGAUGCCCUGCGCACGGCAACCCGAUGCCGAACAUAACUUGGACGAAGGACAACCAGAAGAUUGUUCGAAGCAUGGGUUCGGUGAAAUACGCCAAAUGGUCUAUCGUAUUGGAAGAUUUGGUACCAAAAGACUCCGGAGCUUACACAUGCAAUGUGUGCAACGAUUAUGGCUGCAUCAGCUUUACUACCAAGUUGGAAGUUAAAGAUCGUUUCCCAGCGCGUCCCUACAUCAAGGAAGGUUUUCUACAUAACACAACCGUACUGGUGAAUUCGUCUGCAACAUUUGAGUGUCGGACAAUUUCGGAUCUCGAGCCACAUAUCGAGUGGAUAAAGUUUCAUAUCGUUAAUAUGGCGAAUCCAGAGAUACCGGAAAAUAUUACCAAGUUGGAGCGUGAUUCCGACAAUCCCGAAGUGCUAACCUUGGAGAACGUCACUCAUGCUGAUGAGGGUUGGUACACCUGUGUGGCCGCUAACACUCUUGGAGCGUCGUACGAGAGCGCCUACCUGCGCGUUGUGGACGAAUUUCCUGAGGAUGACGCACCAAUGGCGCACCCGGUGCGGCCGCAUUCUACGCUGAUUACGAUCAUGACCGUUGUCCUGUCGGGUUGCUUCAUGAUCCUGGCAAUCAUUGUGAUUAUCGUGUGCAAGAAGCUCAAACGGGAAAAGAUGAAACACCGAGCCAUGGAGCACGUGAACCAGUGGACCAAGAAGGUGAUCGUACUGAAGCAGCCGGCGAUCGAGAACAGCAUUCCGGGCGUGACUGAAGCGAUGCAAAUGCCGAUUGUUCGCAUCGAAAAGCAGCGCUCAACGUUGGUGCAAAGCGGUAACUACGAUCCGGCCUUGAUUUCCGAGUACGAAUUUCCAAUCGACCUGAACUGGGAGUUUCCACGCAGUAAGCUCUUGCUGGGGAAAAAUCUCGGCGAGGGUGCCUUCGGUAAGGUGGUUAUGGCCGAAGCCCAAGGACUGAUCAAAGGGCAAAGCACUACGGUGGUGGCGGUAAAGAUGUUAAAAGAGGGUCACACCGAUGCUGAUGUAAAGGAUUUGGUUUGUGAGAUGGAGGUUAUGAAGAUGAUUGGCAAACAUGUCAACAUUAUUAACUUGCUUGGAUGCUGUUGCAAAGAUGGUCCGCUGUAUGUUAUUGUGGAGUAUGCUCCACAUGGUAAUUUGAAGGAUUUCUUACGGAGUCACCGCUUCGGAACAAGCAAUUACGACACAGUCUGCGGGGAAAAGGAAAAGAAAAUUCUUACUUUGAAAGAAUUGAUUUCGUUUGCGUAUCAAAUCGCUCGAGGAAUGGAACAUUUGGCAUCACGAAGAUGCAUCCAUCGAGAUUUGGCAGCACGCAACGUGCUUGUAAGCGAAGGAUAUGUAAUGAAGAUUGCAGAUUUUGGGCUUGCGCGGGAUAUACAUAGCCAAGAGUAUUACCGAAAAACAACUACCGGUAAAUUACCGAUUCGGUGGAUGGCCCCAGAAUCUUUAGAGGAAAAGUUCUACGAUUCUCAAAGCGAUGUAUGGUCGUUUGGAGUAUUACUUUGGGAAAUAAUGACGCUCGGUGGUAAUCCUUACUCCUCAAUCCCUACGUGGGACAACCUUCUGGAGCAUUUGAAGAAGGGCAAACGAUUGGAACAACCACCACUUUGUCCGAUCCAUAUUUACGUUCUGAUGCGUGAAUGUUGGAAUGAAAAACCGAAGGUGAGACCCACCUUCAGUGAGCUAGUUCAAAAUCUGGAUAGGUUGGUUUCUAUAACAUCCAACGAGGAAUAUCUAGAUCUCGGCCUUCCAACGCUGGAAACGCCACCGUCCAGCGACGACGAAACAGACGACAGCGAAAACGAGUUCGGCAGCGAACGGAUGCGGAUGUAUCCAUUUAAUCAUAGUCAUACCACUGAAAGUACCUUUUGA